GUCCUCACCGUCUUCUCUCCUUGGUGCCGGCAUCUUUAGUGUGGGCACCCAGCUCUGGGUGCCCACUGCACAUGCGUCUGCAGUCUCUGGUCAUCUCCUGUACUAUGUCCGCAGUCUCUGGUCAUCCCCUGUACUAUGUCCGCAGUCUCUGGUCAUCUCCUGUACUAUGUCCGCAGUCUCUGGUCAUCUCCUGUACGAUGUCCGCAGUCUCUGGUCAUCCCCUGUACUAUGUCCGCAGUCUCUGGUCAUCUCCUGUACUAUGUCCGCAGUCUCUGGUCAUCUCCUGUACUAUGUCUGCAGUCUCUGGUCAUCUCCUGUACUGUGUCCGCAGUCUCUGGUCAUAUCCUGUACUAUUUCCGCAGUCUCUGGUCAUCUGCUGUACUAUGUCCGCAGUCUCUGGUCAUCCCCUGUACUAUGUCCGCAGUCUCUGGUCAUCCCCUGUAAUAUGUCCGCAGUCUCUGGUCAUCUCCUGUACUAUGUCCGUAGUCUCUGGUCAUCUCCUGUACUAUGUCCGCAGUCUCUGGUCAUCUCCUGUACUAUUUCUGCAG